GGCAGCCAUCCUAGUACAGCAGUACUUGAGCACAUCGCCGCGCAGUCAUCAUGACAUUGUGUCUGGAGGAGGCGCGCUCAAGAGGGGCAAGCGCGUUGGCAGCCUCAUGGAUGACCCAGAGCAGGCAGAGGAGGACAGGGGAGUAGGGCUGCUCCGGGUGGCAUCCACUCCGGAUGAGGCGGCCACAAAGAUCCAGCAGUACUACAGGAAGCAUCGCCUGGAGCUGGCCCUGCGCCACCGAUCCUUCAGCAAGUUCGGGCAGGAGGCCUUUGACCUCAUCAAAAGGUAUGUUUCUAAGGGGGAGAGCGGGCGGGGCCUGUACGAGGAGAACAUAGUGGUGAAGGCGCGCCUCAUCCUGCACUUCGACAUCAACAAGACGGUGCUCAUGAGCGACAAGGCGCAGGACGCCAGCACGGAUCACAUGGUGAACAUGCUGCUGUCUGAGUGUGCCUGGGGACGCCUUGAGCCGGGGCCCAAGUGGGUGCCUGUUGGUCGUCUGGCCACUGAUAGGCCGUCCAAUGAUCCGCAGCUGAUGACGUACCGCAGCUAUCUGGACUCCUUCCUGCUGCCCUUCCGCGUGGGAUCCAGCCCCGAGAGCGAGCGCUACAACAGCCGCGCCAAACACAUGCGCCAGAGCCACAAGCGCAAGUUCACCGAGCCCAGAGAGCCCGGCGAAAUGUUCAGGCGCGCUCGCUCCCCUCGGGGUGUUUAUGAGCAGCUCAAGGCAGCACUCGCGCUGCCGUGCGAGAGCAGGGAAGCAGCGGGCAGCAGCGAUAAGGGGCAGUAUCUGUUCAGCGAGGGCGCUCGCCACAUCCUGCCCUCCUUCUUCAACCUCCUGAAACACCUGCAGGCACAGAAACGGGACUUCAGCAUUAUCUUCCGGACGUUUGGCGCCGACAUCAUUGAGGUUGUGGAUGAGAUGAACCUGUUUGCCACGGGGCAGCACCCCUGCUACCCAGAGGUGCGGAUGGACGGCAGCGAUGGGAGCGCGACUGACCUUCGCAUGAGCGUGCCAGAGUCCACCGGCGCUUUUGUGCGCACCACCGCAAAGGUCGACGGGUCUGUGCUUUUAGAGGGUGCGAGCGAGGAGGUGCUGAAGGCGAGCGAGCUGUCGAGGGAAACGCUGCAGAGGAGCGCGGAUGCUGGGCAGGGGAGGCUGCUGUCGGAUUUCAUCUCCAUGCACGCAGCCGUCAUGGCCAAGACCUGCCGCGGCAACCGGGCGUAUGCUAUUAGGGAUUACUAUCCGUUCUGGAAGAGCCGUAACGAGCGCAGCCGCGCGGGGAAGCUGCUGCUGCUGGACGCUGCCGACCAGGACGUGAUCCAGAUCUUCUUUGACGACAACAUCGGCCACGGCGCCGCCCACAUCGUUGACGUGCGCGACGUGCUCACCGGCGAGGGGCUCGCCUUCCAGGCACGCGCGCUGUCUCAGACACCUGCAUGCCUUGCGGUUGCACAAAUCACAGGAUGGCACAUCACGGAUGUGGUGGGGCGGCACAUAGUGAAGGUGGAGCCGCUGAAUGCGAUUCUGGAUCCGCAGUACUUCGUGCGCGCGGUGCACGGCUGCGUGCUGGCAGUGCUGCGAGCGCGCUCCGAGAUGAGCGAGCAGCACUCCGCUGACAACUCUGGCUUCAGUGUGCCAGGGGCGAUCAGGGAGAGAGAGAGCAGUGUGGGGCCGAUAAGGAGAGGGGUGCCACCGCCGGCGCAUCACUCACGGCGGGCCAGGGAUCUGUGGUCGCUGGUGCACACGCGCUUGACCGCAAUGAUCCGCCUCAGGAAUGCCAUGCAGGACAAGAGCUGACGUUCAUAAAUGAACAAUAGAGAAUGCAAAUAAAUAUUGUUGAUCGGCCGUUCAGUAUGUCCAUCCAAAGUGCUUGUUGCACCCUGGUCAGCACAAACGCAUGCAAUAAUCUGUCAUUGCCGGAUGUAGCAUUAUGCCUGCUUCUUUGCUGGCAAUUGCCAGGGAUUUGACAGAUUCCAAAGAAGUGGUUCUUUGUUAGGAACGGCCCAAUGAUCUUACAGUCUGUCAUUGAACUUCUAAGGGUCUUUAUUGUUUCGAAAUACUCUUUAAGAAGAGAAGAAUUGCUUGUUC